CCACGCCAAAAGCCCGACCCUUUUGGAAGCCCUACAGAGAAACAGAAUACCCACCAUCUCCAACCCAAAGUCACAGGGUUCUCAGCACACAGAGAGAGAGAGCGAGGGCGAGAGAGAGAGUGGAAGAUGCGGAGUGUGAAAGCUUUGGUUGGUUUGAGUAGGGGCUCAUUUCAGAGAGUGAGCUUUCUCUCUCUCUCACAGCAGAGAGACUUUUCUGCUCAACCAAACUACACUCAAAACGAUGAUCUUCAAGACCAGGUUUUAGUUGAAGGAAGAGCUAAGUCAAGAGCUGCCAUUAUCAACAGACCUUCUGCUCUUAAUGCUCUCACUACUUCAAUGGCGGCUCGGCUUAAGAGAUUGUACGAAUCAUGGGAAGAAAAUCCAGAUAUUGGCUUUGUCUUGAUGAAGGGUAGUGGCAGAGCUUUCUGUUCUGGUGCAGAUGUUGUUACCCUUUAUCAUUUAAUCAAUGAAGGGAAUGUUGAGGAGUGUAAAAAGUUUUUUGAGACAUUAUAUAAGUUUGUAUAUCUUCAAGGGACAUAUUUGAAGCCACAUGUGGCUAUCUUGGAUGGUAUCACUAUGGGAGGUGGGGCUGGAAUUUCGCUUCCAGGAAUGUUCCGUUUGGUAACUGAUAAAACUGUUUUUUCUCAUCCAGAGACUCAAAUGGGUUUCCAUCCCGAUGCAGGGGCUUCCUUUUAUCUUUCUCGUCUACCUGGCUAUUUGGGGGAAUACUUAGCCCUUACUGGAGACAAGCUUAAUGGUGUAGAAAUGAUUGCUUGUGGCCUUGCUACUCACUAUUCACUAAAUGCGAGACUUGCUUCGAUUGAAGAACGCCUUGGGAAAUUGAUCACAGAUGAUCCUUCUGUUAUACAAGCAUCCCUUGCGCAAUAUGGUGAUCUUGUCUAUCCAGAAAGGGGGAGUGUUCUUCGCAAGAUUGACACCAUUGAUAGAUGUUUCAGCCGUGAUACAGUUGAGGAAAUUAUAGAUGCAUUGGAAAAGGAGGCAGCCGAGUCUUAUGAUGAAUGGUGUAAAGCAGCCCUGAAGAAACUAAGAGAAACCUCCCCUAUAAGCCUGAAAGUUACUUUACGAUCUAUACGUGAGGGUAGAUUUCAAACUCUUCAUCAGUGUCUUGCUCGUGAGUAUCGGAUAUCCCUUAAUGGAGUUUCUAAACGGGUUUCUGAUGACUUUUGCGAGGGUGUUCGGGCACAAUUGGUGGAUAAGGACUUCGCCCCAAAGUGGGAUCCUCCUAGUUUAGAAGAGGUAUCAAAAGACAUGGUUGACUGCUACUUCUCUCGCCUUGAUGAGUUAGAGCCUGAACUGGAGCUGCCUACAGCAUUGCGAGAGCCUUAUAUGUGAGAUGAAGGCGCAAGUACUGAAUUUAUGUAAUGAAUGUUUGCCUUGAUGGUGGUUGGUUUUGAAAGGAAUUUAGCCAUUUCAAGGUUUUUAUUAGAAAUAAUACCAGACAUUUUUGUUGUAA